AUGGCACAAAAUGCAGAGAAGAAGUCAUCAGCUGAGAAGGCUCCUGCCACCGCCGCUAAGAAAUCAAAGGCUGGCAAGAAGCUUCCUAAGGAUGCCAGUGGAGACAAGAAGAAUAAGAGGUCAAUGAAUUCUGCCGAAACUUAUAAGAUCUACAUCUUCAAGGUGCUGAAACAGGUUCAUCCAGAUAUAGAGAUUUCAAGCAAGGCUAUGGGAAUCAUGAACAACUUCAUCAAUGAUAUCUUUGAGAGGCUUGCUGAGGAGUUUACUAAGCUUGCUAGGUACAACAAGAAGCCUACCAUCACUUCUCGGGAGAUUCAAACUGCUGUCCGUUUGGUUCUCCAUAGUGAAUUGGCCAAGCAUGUUGUAUCUGAGGGUACUAAGGCGGUUGCCAAAUUCACUAGCUCUUAGAG